GACGUCACACUGAGGGUUUCAGGUCUCUUUAGAAGCUCGACCUUCGUCGACGUGAAGCCGGUACAGCCGCGGAGGAACAAGGUGUUCGGGAACACCGGGCGACGAACCCAGGGAGCAAAGAACAGAUCCGCCUCUUUCUUGGACUCGAUCAAGAUCGUAUCGCUCUGCUCUCACGGACAUGGUGGUGGCUUGAGGAACAGGAACAAAAUGGCACAGAAAGACACGCUACUACAUCUCUUCGCUGGAGGUUGUAGCGGAACAGUGGGGGCCAUCGUGACCUGUCCUUUGGAAGUCCUAAAAACACGGCUGCAGUCCUCGGGUCUUGCCCUCAGGCCUGUCUUCCAAGUGCAACUGGGUACCCUGAGUGGAACUGGAGUCAUCCGGCCCGGAACAGUCACACCUGGACUGUUUCAAGUUCUGAGGUCAAUUCUCGAAAACGAGGGACCAAGAUCACUAUUCCGAGGCCUGGGCCCAAACCUUGUUGGUGUGGCACCUUCAAGGGCAAUUUACUUCGCAGCAUACUCGAAAUCCAAAGAGCUCUUCAAUGGACUGUUUGCUCCUAACAGCGGGGUAGUGCAUAUGUCCUCGGCUGGUGUGGCAGCCUUUGUUACCAACUCUCUGAUGAACCCUGUGUGGAUGGUCAAGACGAGGAUGCAGCUGGAGAAAAAAGCCAAAGGAGAGAAGAAGAUGAACGCCUUCCAGUGUGCCCGCUACGUUUACAGGACAGAGGGCGUCCGGGGCUUCUACAGAGGGCUGACCGCGUCCUACGCGGGAAUAUCAGAGACGAUGAUCUGCUUCCUCAUCUACGAGACGCUGAAGAAGGAGCUAGUCAAGCACCAGCACUCGGCCCAGAUGGGUGAAAAGGAGAAGGGAGCCUCAGAUUUCCUCAGCCUCAUGUUGGCCGCUGCUUUUUCCAAGGGUUGUGCGUCCUGCAUCGCUUACCCUCACGAGGUCAUUCGAACCAGGUUGCGGGAAGAAGGCAGCAAGUACAAACACUUCUUCCAGACGGGAAGGUUAAUUGCUCUGGAGGAAGGCUACACCGCGUUCUACCGGGGACUUGUUCCUCAGCUCAUCAGACAAAUCCCCAACACAGCAAUCGUCCUCUCGACAUAUGAACUCAUCGUCUACUUGCUGGGGAACUCCCAGUGAGGACGAGCAGCCACGUUUUCCUGGCUAAAUGAAGGACUUGGUUCAAGCCAGGGGUGAAGUUCAGAGACUUUGUAGCAGGGCUCCGGCAAGUUUCAUCCAAAGAGCGUGUUUUAAUUCCUCCAAAACUUAGUUUGGAGAACUGUCCCCGAAAGGUUGUUUUCAAAAACCUGUGGAGUAGGUCAUCUUCUGUUCUGUUCUGUUAAUUUAAUUCUAAGUUAUUUUGUCGCAAUGUGACCUCUUAUUUUGCGUUUCAAGCGUGAAUGUACAAGGAGUACCUGGCGCAGCAGGUAAAACUGAUGUGGAGUGGAUCGGUGCUUUAACAGGGGGCUGCUUUGUCGACAGUCACCAAACCACACUGAACAUUAUUGAGAUUCAGAUGCGUUCGUUUAAAUGUCUUUUCUUUUAUUGGUUACAUAAACCAUUUGUAUAUACAUACUCAGGCUUGUUCGGAAGAGUGAAGAGUUACUUUUUAUAUCACUGAAAUUUGAAUGCUGAUUUGUCCAGACGUUCAAUAAAAUGCAUCAAAAUGUCA